AUGGCGGCUUCAGAGACCCAAGGUGUAUCUUAUGAAGCUGAACACGUGCAUUCGGUCUACGAAGAGAUUGCGUCGCACUUUUCGUCCACUCGCUACAAGCCAUGGCCUAUCGUCGAACGUUUUCUGAAGGAACAGUGUGAUGGCGCUAUAGGUGCCGAUGUGGGAUGUGGAAACGGAAAAUACUUGGCUGUUAAUAAGAAAGUGUGGAUCGUGGGUAGUGACCGAUCAACAAACCUUGUCAAGAUUGCCAAACAACAUGAGCCGCACGAUGUGGUCGUAGCAGACAACCUCUCGCUACCUCAUCCAAAUGGUGUAUUUGAUUUUGCUAUUUCGAUAGCGGUCGUGCAUCAUUUAUCUACGCCAGCAAGGAGGGUGGAGGCCGUGAAAUGUGUUUUGGACCUACUGCGGCCAUCAUCAUCAUCUCAUGGGAACGGUGAUGGUAAGGUGGAAGGUGGUAGAGCACUGAUCUACGUUUGGGCACUCGAGCAAAAAGAUAGUCGAAGAGGAUGGGACGAGGGUCACGAGCAGGAUGUCAUGGUACCGUGGGUCUUGAAGCAGAAAAAGGACAAGGAGAGAGGACGGAAGAAGAAGGAUGAGAGUCAAGCUCACGAAGAAGAGGCGCCGAAGCCAGAUGGUGACAAGACAUUCUUGAGAUAUUAUCACCUGUAUCGGAAAGGGGAGCUUGAGGGUGAUAUUGAGCAGGCUGGCGGAGUGGUGUUGGAAUCGGGCUACGAGAAGGAUAACUGGUGGGCUAUUGCGAGAUUACGAUAA